AUGUCCGAUGCCGCCUCCAGUUCUCAUUCACCACGAGUCUCCCUCAUGCACCAGUCCUCUCAGGGCGCCCGCAACCUCGUCGAACGCCGACAGAUUUUCGAUCAUCGCAAGCACGAUGCGGUCCAGUGCUCCGUGCAGAACCGACAUAAUGCCACUGUCGCCCCAUUGCCGAGCGGUCGCCCAACACCUACACCCAAGUCUUCCGGAGACUGGGUCCCGCGUCCCCAACCUCUUCGGCUUUGCCGGAGGUCCGAGGACAGCGCCUCUAGCGCGAACACCUUCUCUCGGAAACUGAAGGAGCUGUGCCGAAUGAUCAGUGGGUUGGACACCAAGCUGUUGGGUAGUGACAAGGAUCGGGAUAGGGCAGAGGAUGGUGAGCGUGGAUCGCGGGGGGUAUCGAUCAAGGGACGCGCGAGCAACAACGCUCUCGCAAGUACGGCGGCCACCAAUGAGGGCGAGUCUGAGCGGUGGCGAAAGCUCGUACCGGAGCACCAGCAGCUUAUGCUGCUCGUCAGACUCGUGGAAUGCAUCCGCGAGAUGCUCGCUCUCACGCUUGCGCCCACGGUGCCCGCCUCACUCAAGAACAUCCCGCAGAAGUACAACCUAAUCAUCAGGUUAUGGUCCCACGUGUUCUACCAUCUUCUAGAGUCGCUUCGUCAACCAACAAGCUCGCCAGUAGCUCUGGAGUACCUUGAGCAAUUCCUUAACUACACCUAUGUUUUCCACGGCGGUCCCAUUGAGGAACACAACUUCGCGCAAUACCGCAGGCCGUUCCUUGAGGCUCUCGGCGAUUUGUCUCGCUACUGGAUGGCCGUCAGAAGGCACUCAUUCGACAGGCAACAUGCUCACGCUGCGGUGUUGCCAACCCCUGCACGGAUUGACGACAGCCCUCAGUCGUCUGAGGCUGAGAUGCCUCUUGGUGCCGAUGACGUGGGUGCUGUUCUCCAUCUCCUUAACAUCCCUAGCGUCGGUCAGGAGGCCGCCUGCUGGAUGGAACUCAACCCCGACAAGGAGCGCUGGCGGCGGAUCUCGCACCACAGCUUGAUGAAGCGCGAGUUCGGGGAUGCGGUGCUUAUCACCCUCACAGUCAAGCUGCGCACGCUCCCAGCGCCCCCACGCCACCGCCACUGCGACCUGUCCACGAAACCCGAUUUAGUCGCUCCUCGGCUGGCCCGCCCCUCCGGCUCGAUCUUACGGAGCAUGAAGGGUCAAUGUAUCGAAAGGAAAAGCCGAAGAGGCAUGUCCCGGCGUGACUCGAAGCCGGGGUGGCGCGCGCUCGCGACCUGCUAUCCCACCCCUUCCGCUCUCUACACCGACCACAAUAUGACCGCCCACAUUGCUGAACACAUCAAGCGGCUCGAGGACGAGACUCUUCAGUUGAGCACCAUCCUUAUCGGCGUCAGGAUGAAGGUCGGCCGCAUCGAAUCCAUCCUUCCUGGUCAAGAGCACAUGAAACAGUGGAUGAAAGCCUGGGAUAAACUUGAAACGACUUAUGGCGCCAUCGACUUUCCCAUCGAAGUAGAUGUCAUCACGAAGUCCUUCCAGACCUGUCUGAACAAUUUGCAACACACCGUCGACGAUGCCCUUAAUCUAGAUAUCAAUGCACUCGUGAAGGCUGUCGUCGAGAGCCCGCAUCAUGCUUUGCCCACGGAAAGCACCCGCGACAUCAGCUACAUCGGCAGCUUGUCGUCGCUCAUCGGUGCUCCCUUCAGCAGCUACAUCAGCAGCGUGUCUUCGCUCAUCGGUGUUCUCUUCGGCAGCGAGCGCCAGCAUGACCCAGUGUCUAGCGACGUAGUCCUUGAGGAGCCUGAAGACCCCCGUGCGCGCCUCCGGCUCGCGCUCACUGCUAAACAACAGACCGAACGCCUACGAGAUUCCAUGGCCGAUGUCACGGAGGGCACGAGGAAGGUGUGCAGCACGCUCGAGCAACACAAGGAGCUCUUCAACCUGGUGUUCGUCCAACCGGGGUCUGAGCUCGUGAAAGAUGUACGGGAUCACAUCGCUGUACUCAAAGCCGAGCGGCGCUGCGCUGCUCAGGCUGAGCAGGACCCGCAUCACACGACCCAGAAGGCGGUAAAUUACUGGGAAGAGCUCGCGGUGCUUUAUGGCGGCUACGGUUUUGCACACAAGGCGCGGUUUUACCCCGCCAUCCAGGAGACUGCAGCGACGCACAUGACGAACAAGUGA